CUUCUUCUUUUUCUUAUUUUCUCUCUAACCAAAGAAACACUACACCUUCUCUCUAUCUCUCCAACAAAUAUAAGACACAUAUGCAAAAACAAAGAACAGAUUUAAACUUCUCUCAUCAUCCUCUUCAAUUCUAUGUAAUUGAGACAACAAAGUGGUGUAUUUGGAAAAAUGGGUCAUCCUCUUCAAUUCGUCCAUCCCUUCUGUUUUUUUUUUUUUUUUUCUUCUUUCACUUUUCAGUUUAUUGAACCGGUCCGGUUAAAAAAAACGGCCGAGUCACCGGGUUUUAUCCAAGCCACAUUGGUUUUCACCGGUUCAAUUGCACAGCAUCCAUUAAGCUGCUCGAACCGGACAUACCACCGGUUCCCGGUCCGGUUUUUAUAACUAUGGUUCUAUUUCUUGUAACAAUUUUUUUUGUCAGUAGAAAAAAAAAAGAUUGAUAUUAAAAAUUAAGGAGCUCAUAUCAAAAUAAUUUGCGUUUGAAUUUGGUUAUUUUGCGAUGAGAUGGGAGAAGGUGCGGAAUACAAGAGCGGUUUGAAGAAGGCGAAGGUGUUGAAAGCAUUAUUGGAGGAUCCAAUACUCGCAGAUGUACCGAAGAAUCCAACCCUGGAAGAUGUGGAAACUCUCAUUGGACUCGAAUUGGGUAGUGCAAUGCGAAUUACAGUUUUGAAAUUGGAUACAACCUCGUUUGAUGUGAUUCUAAUGAAUACGGCAACGCUCAAGGAUUUGAAACUUGCUAUCAAGAAGAAGGUUAAUUACAUGGAACAAUCUAGUAUGGGUCACCGCCAUAUUUCUUGGAGAAGUGUUUGGGCUAAUUAUUGUUUGUCAUUCGAUAACAACAAGCUCCUUAACGAUGAUGAUGUGCUUCAAAAUUUGGGCGUUCGGAAUAAUUCUCAGAUACAUUUUGUCCCGUAUGUCAUGACAAAAGAAUCUAGAAGACACUCAAAAAGGAGAAAGCACCGGUUUUUUCAUGGCCUUAGUAAGCUUUCCUGAUCAACAACACUGAAAGGUUGAGCUCGUGGCAUGUGGCAUGUUUGGUGAUCUCUAUUGGUCGGGUUUUCUAUCUCAUUACUUACCCCAAUAUGCGACAACAAAGCUUCAACCUUCUUUCUUGUUUCAACCUGUUUUCAAUCUAAACAUUUCCUAGCAUAUAACUGGAUAAGCUAGUGUGACCAUUUCUGUCCGAACAUGUAAUGCAUGGAAAAUUACAAGCUGUACUGUAAUAGACAAAUAAUGUGUCUGAAAUUGAGUCUACUGACAAAUAGGAAGUGUAUGAUCGCUAUAUAGUCGAGCAUAUUUUGUCCUUGGUUGAAAUGCCUUUAACUACACCUAAUGUCUGUUUUAAUUGUGAACUUUUGUGGCAUAAAUGUAUUGUGAAAAUAUGUAGAGCUUUUAUCUCAA